AGCUAAGCGCGACGGUUGCUUUCGGUUGGUCGAUGCUCGGUCGCGUGUUCUGCUGCUGGAUCUCAGAUUUCGUCUCUCUUUCCUGCUUUCGCCUCAGUCUUCGGUACCGACACGAGUGUGAUACGUGCGCGGCAUCGAUUUGAAUUGACUCACCAAGUCAGAAUAAAUGUAACAAUACCAGUUUAAAUGAGACUAGCUCGUCAACAGUUCAACUUAAAUAAAAGCCAAAUACGAGUAGAAUAAAUAUACAAAGUCAACGGCAUGUAUGCAACAAAAAACGUGCGCCCACGCAGCAGCCUCUCCACAGAUGACAAUCAUCGCAUCAAGGAUACAAAUCGACCGCAUAAGAAGAAAACCAGCAACACAGUACUCACAUUAGUCGCGUUUUGUGUAUUUCUGCUGGUGCUUUGCAGUUUUCUGCUAGGCGCUCUGGUUUACGUGGGCAAGAAUAUUGCCGAUGAGCAUCAAAAGCAGCACGCAAGCGGCAGUCUGGUGGCAAUAAACGAUACAAUACGCACCAUUUACGUGGAUCGUGAUCAAUUGUUGUCAACUAAACCAAUUUUAAGCGUAAUAUCAGAUAGUCGAACUUACUCCACCCAAGUGCCAACCACCAAGAAAAUGCGAACAAUGGCUGGAAUUUCGCCGGAAAUUCGUGCUGCUAGCAAAGUAUUGAAGAAUCUUGGCUUCAGACUGCCAAAACAACUGAAACCCCAUAAGUACAAUCUACGGCUGAAGCCAGAUCUCAACCAAAAGAGCUACACCGGCAACAUUAGCAUCAAUCUCCAAGUAUUGGAUCCCAUUUCAUUCAUACCCGUGCACAUAAAGCAGCUGAACGUUAGUCACGAGAAGUUGGAACGCUUGGAUAAAUCUGGAGCGCCAUUAAAGGACAUCAAGCCAACGCUUUCGUUUGCCUAUCCGGAGUACGAGUAUUUUGUAUCCGAGUUCGAGCAGCCGCUGGAAGUGGGCAAUUAUACGUUGCAUUUAAGCUUCAACGGGUCACUUAUCGAUCGCAUUACGGGAUUUUACCAAAGUUCUUACUAUGAUAAGCUUAAAAAUAGAACAAGAUGGAUCGCCUCCACCAAGUUCGAGCCCACCUAUGCCCGCUUGGCCUUCCCCUGCUUCGACGAACCUCACAUGAAGGCACAGUUUGCCAUCACGAUUGCCAAGCCAAAGGGCAGCGAUUAUCAUGUGCUUUCUAACAUGCCUGUCUCUACUGAGGAGGAUGUUGGAGAUCUAACUGAGGUGAUUUUCCAAGAAACGCUACCCAUGAGCACAUAUCUGGCGGCCUUUGUUAUCUCCGACUUUAAGUACACGACCACCACGAUUGGAGACACUAGCAUUGAACUGCGCGUGUACUCGACACCUGCCCAAGUAGACAAGACGCAAUACGCACUGGAGACGGGUGCUGGAGUCACUGCCUAUUACAUUGAUUACUUUAACAUCUCGUAUCCUCUGCCCAAGUUGGAUAUGGUUGCCAUACCCGACUUUGUGUCUGGAGCCAUGGAGAACUGGGGUCUGGUGACGUUCCGUGAAACCGCCUUGCUGUAUGACAAGAGCACCAGCUCUAGUGUGAAUCAGCAGCGUGUGGCUGUCGUUGUUGCUCAUGAGUUGGCCCAUCAAUGGUUUGGUAAUCUGGUCACCAUGAACUGGUGGAACGAUCUGUGGCUAAAUGAGGGUUUCGCCUCCUACAUUGAGUACAAGGGUGUCGACCAUAUGCACAAGGAUUGGGAUAUGAUGAACCAAUUUGUGACUGCUGAGCUGCAUCCUGUGCUGAAAAUUGACGCCACUCUAGCCUCGCACGCCAUUGUCAAGUCAAUUGAAAGUCCCGAUGAAAUCACCGAAUACUUUGAUACCAUCACCUACUCAAAGGGCGCUGCUUUGGUGCGCAUGUUGGAGAAUCUUGUCACAGAGGAGAAAUUCAGAAAUGCCACCACACGAUAUUUGAGCAGUCACAUGUAUAGCACAGCCACAACUGAUGAUUACUUGACUGCUUUCGAAGCGGAAGAUAUUGAUAUUGAUGUUAAGCUAAUUAUGCAAACUUGGACUGAACAAAUGGGUCUGCCUGUGGUUGAGGUUGUUCAAAAUGGCAACACUUACAGGCUGACGCAGAAGCGUUUCCUUGCUAAUCAGGAUGAUGAGACUGCCGUAGUGGAGCCCUCUUCCUUUAACUACCGCUGGUCUAUUCCCAUUACCUACACGACCAGCGCUGACAGCACUGUGCAGAGCACGAUCUUUAACUACAACGAUAAUGAGGCCACCAUUACAGUGCCCAGCACUGCCACUUGGAUCAAGCUCAACAAGGAUCAGGUUGGCUACUACCGUGUCAACUAUCCUGAGGCGCUGUGGAGUUCUCUUACUUCGGCGCUGAAGACUUCACGACUAACCUUUAGCACUGCCGAUCGUGCCCAUUUGUUGAACGAUGCCAAUGCUUUAGCCGAAGCUGGACAGCUAGCUUAUGCCAUCGCUCUUGAAUUGAGUACAUAUCUGGAAAGCGAGGAGGACUACGUUCCCUGGAGCGUGGGUACGGCAAUGCUGACAUCGCUGAGGAAUCGUGUGUACUACACCAAUCAGUACAAGAACUUUACAGUGUACGGUCGCAAAUUGCUGACACCCAUUGUAGAGAAGCUUGCCUAUACCGUUGGCGAAGAUCAUCUGGAAAAUCAAUUGAGAAUCAAAGUACUGAACGCUGCCUGCAGCAUUGGACAUGAGAGCGCCCUGGAACAGGCAACCACACUAUUCAACCAAUGGCUGGCCGCUCCUGCCACUCGUCCUAGCCCUGAUAUAAGAGAUGUCGUGUACUACUUUGGUUUGCAGCAGGUGAACACAGAGGCCGCCUGGGAUCAGGUCUGGCAGCUGUACUUGACUGAGCCCGAUGCCCAGGAGAAACUUAAGCUGAUGAACGCUCUGGCAGCUAUUAAAGUGCCAUGGCUGUUGCAACGCUACAUCAAUUUGGCUUUUGAUGAGACCAAAGUGCGCAGACAGGAUUACUUCACUCUGAUCGGCUACAUUUCGACAAAUCCCGUGGGCCAGGGUCUCGUCUGGGACUAUGUCCGUGAGAAUUGGACGCAGCUGGUGGAGCGCUUUGGCAUUAAUGAGCGUAAUUUGGGUCGUCUGAUUCCAACUAUUACCGCCCGUUUCUCAACGCAAACUAAACUGGAAGAGAUGGAGCAGUUCUUCGCCAAAUACCCAGAUGCCGGCGCUGGCACCUUGGCUCGUCAGCAGGCCUUGGAGACUGUGAAGUCCAACAUUAAGUGGUUGGAAUUGAACCAAACGCCAGUGGGCGAUUGGUUGGCCACAUAUGCAGAGCAGGCCACAGCCAGCAAUAGCAUCCCUUAAGCUGAUGGUUGAUGAUAUCCAAAGUGGCUUCCUUGUAAAAUAUAAUUAAUGUAAAAACUAUCAACUGAUUUUUGAAUAGUCUUAGCCAACUGAUGCAUUUGAAGUUGAUUGCAAAUGUGAAUUAAGGAAUUGUGAAUAUGAUAAUUUUUGAAUAAAAUGCAAAUUAAUUGAA